UAAAACCGGAAGUAAUUCUAUAGCAACAACUAUGCUGUUGAUAAAUGAGUAUUUUUAUCGUAUUUUUGAAAAUAUACCAUAAUUAGUUUUAGAUGGCUGAAAAAAAGUAUGAUCUUGCACUCGUGAAAACCGUAACAGACAAGAAAAUCAGACCACAAGAAUGGUAUAAAGAAAGAUUGAAGACCAAGUUCAUAAAGUCAUUAAAACCAACUGAUACAUCUAAACAUCUUGUCGGCAAAAACUGGUUAUUUGUUAGAGAUGGACUGGAUGACUUUAGAGAUGGCUAUCCACCACCUGUGGAAGGAGACAUUAUCCUCAAGGGUUCCAAAGGACCAGGGCCAAACAUAAAAGGUAGCGGUGAGAAUUUAAGUUCUGUAAAACAGCCAGCAGCAAAGAAAAGGUUUACAAAACAUCAAAUAUGUUACUCAAGGCAGACUCCAUUACAACAGCAAAUGAGAGAUCACAUUGAUGAAGUAGAAUUUGGACUAACACAGCAUCCACUGGCACUUUAUCCACAUUUCGAGGAAAACUGUCCUCCAGAUUUGUUUGAUAUGAUCGUAGAUCUGUUAGAUCCGGAAAUAAAUAUGAUGUCAGAGGAAGGAUCAGAAAGAGAUGAAUAUGAUGAAGAAAUUGUAGAGGAAAAUGAGGAAGAAAGGAAAUCAGACAUUGAUGAGGAAGAUGAUAAAUCUGUGAAAGAGGAGAAAGAAAAAGAAAUGGAUAACUUUGGUGGGGAAAAAAUACCUCGACAUCCAUACAGAUGGAAAGACAAAAAAGAUAAAAAGAAACCUGGUGAUGUGAAGUCAACACAAGCAGAAACACAGAGUGAACAUAUAAAAAAAGUUACGAAAGAAUUUUGUGAUUGGGUGGCAAAUCUUGGUGGAGAGUCAAACAAAAACAAUAUGGAAGAGUCAACUAUUACCAGUUUAUUUGCUAGUGGCUAUGAAACAAAACCAGCACUCUCAGUUCCAAUACAUGUUGUAGAGUUAACAAAUGUUCCACAAGAGUUACGAGCUACUGCUAAUGUAGCACAACAACAACAGGCAACAAAGAGUAUACCAACUGAAAAGAAAACUCCAGAAAAAUGGAAAUACAGUGGUAACUACCAGCCAACAUGGGUAAAGUUCAAAUAUGGCUCCUGGUAUUUAGAUCCAAAAUCAUGGAAGAAAAGAGAUGCUGAAAUUCCAUUACUAGAUCCUAAAGAAGUUAAAAAUCAAGAAAUGUCGGAAUCUAAGAAAAAAAGCAAAGAAUUGAAUAAUGAUAUAGCACAGUCUCAUGGUGCCAAAUUAUUCAUGGAUUGGACAAUAGAUGUUAAGAAAGACAAACGGAAACCAGAAUUUCUAGAUGAAGUAGCAGAAAUACAAACCAAAGCUGCUGAAGAGGAAAAGAAACGAAUAGAGGCAGAGAUAGCUGCUAAACAGAAGAAGACUUUCUUUAGAAAAAAACAAGUUGAAGUCUCUUAAUAACGAAUCGAGUUAUUUGUGUGUUACUGUUAUUUCAUUGUACUGUUCCAAACAUCUAACGUUCCAUGCAAGAUGUCGUGCUGCAAAAACUUUACAAAACUUUUCUCGGAUCUUACUGUUUGAUUUUCUUUAUUUUUAAAGAAAACAGAACAUUUCUAAGAAAAAGAUAUUUCUGUUGAUCACUAGUACGUCCGAUCUUUAAUAUACAUAUUGAAUUAUUAUUCUUUUAAAGUAUGUCACAUUCCUAAACAGCAUAAUCUGUGAAAACCCAUAAUGCCUGAAAAAAAUUUAAAUUAUAUUGUUUUUUCCUUUCAGGCAAGAUUGUGAUCAAAUAAAGUGUAUAAACAAUUAA